GCGGCAGGCACGAUUUUCCUCCUUUCCAGUCGACUCCGGGAGUCCUCGGCCCGCGCGUUUCUAAAUGGGGGCAGCCCGUGGGCAGGGAAUGGUUAAACAUUUAAAAUGCCCAACCCGGGCUUGAGCUGCCCAGCCGGCUGACGCACCUUUCCCACCUCCAGUGAACGUGCCUGCCUGCCCUCCCGCCCCCUUCUCUCGGGAACCACCACCGAGCAAAUCCUCUCGCCUUCGUGUUUGCCAGCUGGCAGCUGCAGGGCGGGCUUUGGGAGCCGCCUUCGCGGCCGCGGUCCCCCAGUUCCGCUUCCCAGGCCGCGCUCCAGCUCCGCCUUCUCCAGCCCUUUCUCAAGCGGGAGGCGCCGGGUGUGCGCCUCCUUUAGCACCAGCCACGUUAUAGCCGCCGCUCAUGCGGCGGCGGCGGCAAUGGGUCAGAGAUAGGAGAUGCGGCUGCGACGGGGCGGCUGGAGGAAAAACAAAAACGGCUUCAAGAGAUUGUCACAACAGUUUUAGGCCAAAUAACCCAGUCCCUCUUGAGCGGGAUGUGAUUGAGAAUUUUGGAGCACAGAAACCAACAAGGAGUCUGGGGGAGUCUAGCAGCAGAAGCUUUCGUAGACUUGGGCCCAUUUCAUCACAUGCAUUGUCGUCCAUGCAGGCGGAUGAAGAGUAUUGUUGUAGUCCAACCAAAGCUUCUGCUAGGACAAGUUUGCUGACUUUGAAGAAGAGAAUAGGCUGCUGUGUCCAUGAAGGAUUCUAGAUCCAGCUAAGAAGUCAGAAGAGGCACCCACUGCAACUCCACACGUGCUCCAGGGAAGUUUUAGAGCCAGGACAAAGCAAGCAGCAAAUAUGAGAACAAACCCCGUCAUUCAAGCUGCCAUUGACCUCACAGCAGGAGCUGUCGGGGGGACUGCCUGUGUGGUGACUGGCCAGCCAUUUGAUACUGCCAAGGUAAAAAUGCAGACAUUCCCCAACAUGUACAAAGGGAUUAUCGAUUGUUUUGUGAAGACUUACAAGCAAGUGGGAUUUCGAGGCUUCUACAAAGGAACCACCCCAGCACUUGUUGCUAAUAUAGCUGAAAACUCAGUGCUCUUCAUGUGUUAUGGCUUUUGCCAACAAAUUGUGAGGAAAAUUGCUGGACUAGAGAAGCAAGCAAAGCUGAGUGACCUUCAAAAUGCUGCUGCUGGCUCCUUUGCUUCGGCGUUUGCCACCUUGGUCCUUUGUCCCACAGAGCUUGUGAAGUGUCGCCUACAGGCUAUGCAUGAGCUGAAGUUAACGGGGAAGAUAGUCCAAGGACAUAAUACAGUUUGGUCAGUAAUAAAAGGUGUUCUUCAGAAGGAUGGUCCCCUUGGAUUCUAUCGUGGUCUGUCUAGCACAUUGCUGCGAGAAAUUCCUGGCUAUUUUUUGUUUUUUGGAGGCUAUGAACUGAGUCGGACUUUUUUUGCCUUUGGGAGACCAAAAGAAGAAUUAGGUCCUGUUGUGUUAAUGGUCAGCGGUGGCUUUGGUGGCACCUGCUUAUGGAUUGCUGUCUAUCCAGUGGAUUGCAUCAAAUCUAGAAUCCAAGUUCUUUCCAUGGCAGGAAAACAGGCAGGCUUUAUGGGCACUUUUGCAAGUGUGUUCCAGAAUGAAGGUGUGUCUGCCUUGUAUUCUGGACUGAAGCCUACUAUGAUUCGUGCUUUCCCAGCCAAUGGUGCACUGUUCCUUGCCUAUGAAUAUAGCCGGAAGCUAAUGAUGAACCAGUUUGAAAGCUAAAGCUUUUAUUUUAGACUGAAUGAGAUACAUUUAUAGGUCAUUGCAGAGGUUGACUGGGGCGAGAGUGACACCAUAGGUUGUAAAACUCCUGUUGUGAAACAAAAUGAGGUGUGUUUUUUAAGUAUCAGUUGAUUUCAAUAAACAUCUUGUGUUUUCUA